AGUCACGUGACGCCUCAGUGGGCGUGUCUUAGUGCAGGUUGUGCUGGAUCUCUCCACACUGAGGAUGCAGCCAUGGCUUCUGGCUUUUGUGAAAACUGCUCCCGGCUGCUCAGGAAAAUUGCUGCUCAUCUGCUGAAAUGUUGCAGGGACGUUUGCAGGGAAAUAAGGGACGUUUUCAGAGACAUUUCACAGUGCACCUGCUUUAAAACUGCACCUGAGAGGAGUUUACUGAGGAGGACCACUCAAGACAUGCACUCCGCUCACCUUCUGUGUGAUGCUGAAACUGAACUGCUCAGUAAUGAAAGUCUACAUGCACUGCACAGGCUCGCAGCCUCAGAAGACAGAGAUCUACAGAUGACUGCAGCCAUGUAUUAUUUACAUCUCAGCCAUCACUUGACCUCUCCCUUACCAGACGCCUUCAUGGAGCCUGUCAUGGCCUUACUUUUAUCAGCUGACUUGGAUGUGCAAAAGACUACCUCUCUCUCCUUGGUCAACCUGUUAGUAAAGAAUAAUGUGUGCAAAGAGUUAGUGACUGAAAUGGGGAUGCUGGUGCCCAUGCUGGAGAUGUUCCAGUCUGGUGAUGCCACCGCUCAGUGUCACUCAUGUGCCUGUGUCACCAUGCUGGCCUCCUCAGAGUCAAACAGGGAAGCUGUCAUGGUGGAUGGAGUCAUACCACUGUUAGCUUUAGCUAAAUCCUACGACCCAAAGGUGCAACAGAACGCGACCUGGGCUCUGUUACACCUCACACAGUCAGAUUGGUCAACAAGGAUCUUAUGUGAAGCAGGAGCCAUUCCAGUGCUGGUACUUCUGCUCCAGUCCUCCGAUUCAAAGGUCCAGUUUCACAGCUGCACCGCCCUGUGCAACAUCGCUGCCGAUCGGGAGCACCACCCAAAGCUGCUCAGCAUGGGGGGUGAUUUUCUGCUAAAGUCUCUUCUGACACUCAUGUCGUCCACUGUGCAGAAGAAUUCAUCUCAAGCAUGCAGAUGCCUACAAACUCUCUCAAAGAAUGUUCUGAUCCAGGAGCAGCUGAUGGAGCUCGACUGUGUGUUGCCCCUGAAGGCGCUGCUGAAAACCUGUCCCGAGUCAGCCAUAACACUACUGUCUGCACUGUCUGCACACCCACCAAACAAUGAGGUCCUGGUGAGCGAAGGACUGCUGGAUGAAAUCGGUCAGCUGCUUCAUCGACACAGAUCCAGCCCUGUUAUAAUCACGCACAGCUGCAAGAUAAUCACGGAUCUGUGUAGCUCCUGCAUGGGUCAGCAGGCUGCGAUGGAAAGUCUGUGUUUAUCAGGACUCCUCUGCGCCCUUCCGUCUCCCGCCUUGUCAGAUGAGAUCUUGCUGCUUGUGACAUCACACGUACAUCACCUGAUGGCCUGGGGUCCAGUUAAAUCUAACUUGUCGUUGACAAUAACGUCAGAACAAGUUUCAAGACUAGUGAAACUGUCAGGACAAACACAAAACCCUCAGCUGUCGUACAACAGUGUGGCCAUCAUCUGCAAACUAGAAAUGACCGAGGAGAUGAUCCAGCUGCUGAGACCCCACUACGUUGCCAUGAUGAGCUACCUGUUGGUGUUUCUUAAGAAUAAAGAUGUGAAGUUCCAGCAGCUUGGCAUUGUUACAAUAUUCAACCUGAAGAAAGAUGGAGACUUUUCGUCCCUGCUGGCUAACAGUGAGCUGGAGGUUCAGCUCAGGAAGGUGCAUGCGCAGACGGAGGAAACCAGGCGACUGCUGCAAAUGAUCCAGCCUCUGUCUCCAUCUUCUGUCAACCCUUGACUUUUUCCGUCCAAAUACCGAAGGACGUGCACAGCGUGAGCUGUACGAGGUGUUUACAUUCAUGCACUGUACGGACAAGCAGCGCUUUUUAUAUGGUGUUUUAAUGUUUUUUAUUGUUACGUUUACAGUCAACAGAGUAAGUGAAAAACAAGGCAGAGGUGCGGCAUAGUAUCAACUUUAAUUAAAUAUGGCAUGUAUCUCAAAUAUUUAACAGAUUAACAAGUGACAGGUAUAAGCGAUACUUAAACUAUAAGAUCAAAUACGUUUGUUUUUAUAUGCUUUUAUUAUAAUAAACUCACUUGACCUCCUCGCCUCAAA